AGCUACGGUAUGUUGGGAAGCGUGAUACGGGAAGUGAAGAAGACGCUGUAGACGCGAGGGAUCGAUUAAAAGAGUGGUUUUAUCGGGUGGCACAGAACCUUUGAAGAUCGGUACCGUCCACAAAACCCAGGCAAUUCCGCUGGAUUUGGAAACGUUUCUUUAGCCGUGACAGUUUAUUUGAUCCGAUACAGGAUGUCUGGACAGAGCAUUACAGACAGGAUAACCGCCGCACAGCACAUUGUCACCGGGUCGGCGAUUUCCAAAACUGUGUGCAAAGCGACCACGCAUGAAAUAAUGGGGCCUAAAAAGAAACAUUUGGAUUACCUGAUCCAGUGCACAAAUGAGAUGAAUGUGAACAUCCCUCAGCUGGCUGACACAUUGUUUGAAAGGACCACCAACACCAGCUGGGUGGUUGUCUUCAAGUCCCUCACCACCACACACCAUCUGAUGGUCUAUGGCAAUGAGAGAUUUAUACAAUAUCUGGCUUCCAGGAACACACUAUUCAACCUCAGCAAUUUUUUGGACAAAAGUGGGCUACAAGGCUAUGAUAUGUCAACAUUCAUAAGGAGGUAUAGCCGCUACCUGAAUGAGAAGGCUGUGUCUUACAGACAAGUCGCUUUUGACUUCACUAAAGUGAAAAGAGGAUCUGAUGGAUUGAUGAGAACCAUGAACACAGAGAAACUCCUCAAGACCAUACCUAUCAUCCAAAAUCAGAUGGAUGUGUUACUUGAUUUCAAUGUCAAUGCAAAUGAAUUGACAAAUGGUGUGAUCAACGCAGCCUUCAUGCUUCUGUUCAAAGAUGCAAUCCGACUGUUUGCAGCCUACAAUGAGGGCAUAAUCAACCUCCUGGAGAAAUACUUUGACAUGAAGAAAGUCCAGUGCAAAGAUGGACUUGACAUCUACAAGAAAUUCCUGACACGAAUGACACGAAUCUCAGAGUUCCUCAAAGUUGCAGAGCAAGUGGGGAUCGACCGAGGGGACAUCCCAGAUCUGUCUCAGUUCACAGUUUGUGCCCCCAGCAGCCUGCUGGAUGCCCUGGAACAACACUUGGCCUCUUUAGAGGGAAAGAAAGUCAAAGACUCAACAGCAGCCAGCAGGGCUAGCACCCUCUCCAAUGCUGUCUCCUCCCUGGCCAACACCGGCAUAUCUUUUACCAGAGUGGACGAGAGGGAAAAACAAGCCGCCCUGGAGGAAGAGCAGGCUCGCCUAAAAGCACUGAAAGAGCAGCGUCUGAAAGAGCUCCAGAAGAAUCCUUCUACAGCAACCACAAAUUCCUCUCCCAUCUCCACAGUGGGUGGAACCAUCAAUUCAACUCCUGCCAUUGACCUGUUCUCCACCCACAGCUCCACCAACAGCACAUCCAAGGGAGCCAACGACCUUCUGGACCUGCAGCCAGCUUUCCAGCAGCCGCUACCUCUGUCCACCAACAACACAUGGGGAGGGUUCACAGCCUCCACAACACCACAGCAGCCACAGAACUCUCGAGGCCUUAAUGUUGACUUUGACUCUGUAUUUGGCAACACCAAUGCCAACAACCUGGAUUCUACAGCAGCCUCCUCACCCAAUCAGGGUAUGACCCCAGACGGCCAACAGCCCAACAAAUUGGUGUCCAAUGACCUGGACUCCUCACUGGCCAAUCUUGUCGGCAAUCUGGGAAUUGGCAAUGGCACAGCAAAGAAUGAUCUUCACUGGAGUCAGCCUGGUGAGAAGAAGCUGACAGGUGGGACCAACUGGCAGCCCAAGACGGCUCCCUCCACCACCUGGAACCCUGCGACCAUGAACACCAUGCAUUUUCCACAAUACGCACCGUCUGUCAUGGCCUUCCCUGCAACCACACCGACAGGCAUGAUGGCAUAUGCAAUGCCUCCCCACAUGGGCUCCAUGAUGAUGACACAGCCCACUAUGAUGUACACCCAGCCGGUAAUGAGGCCAGCCAACCCCUUCGGCUCCAAUCCAGGUGCACAGAUGCAGUUCAUGUAACCUGAGGAGGGGGGAGUCUUUCCCAUCUGAAUAAGAUUCAUAACAACAUCAACUAUUGGAGCAAACCUGCAGUUUGCUUCUAAUUAACUGAGAAUAAAAGGCCCAAAUAAGACUUUCAAUAAAAUUACUUGGAGCGGCUUUGGCCAUCUGAGAGAACAUUGUGCCCAUCUAGUCAUGUCUGAGUUUUAGAAGGAGAAGAAGAGUGCGUGUUGCCAUUCAAAUCAUGUGGACAAGGGUCAGCCCCCACUGCAUCCUGGACUAAGAGAAACACAACACCCAAAGGGAGAGCUUUUAACAUCACUAUUUAUGUACAUGGAGACAAAAAAACAAAGUUGGGUUGUUGCCAUACAAAGACACUGUUUGAGUGUCUUUUUUGUUUUCGUUCUUCGUUCUCCAGGUGAGGCUGGGAGAGUCACUUCUUUCAAUUAUCAAUCAGAAUUACCUUCUUAAAGCAUCCUCCAAUUAGGAAAACAAUUGCAAACUAUUGUUUAUACCACGCAUUUUUGUUUUCUUUCAUCUUUCUGUACUGUUUGGAGUAGACAUUCCUUGUGUAUUGUUUGUAUUUAUUUAUGAUUACCUAUAGAGAGGAUGACAUUAUUAAGCAAAAUGCAAAUGUUACUAGUCACUGAUUUCCUUCAUGCGGAAGGUCUUCAGGUAUACACAUAGGUUUGAUUGAUUGUAGAAUUGGAUUUUGAGUGAUUGAGAUGAUUUUUUUUUUUUUUUUUUUUAAAGAAGUUAAUAUAAAGUUUAAAGAGAUGACAUGUUUUGCUGCUGUGGCACUAAAUAUUCUCUGUACUCGCAUGAUGCCUCGUACAGUUAUCUGUGGCUCGAGGGCCCACACUGAGAAUGUGUAUCAAUGUAAUAAUUCAUUAAUACCGUCAAAUCUGCAAAUCUGUGGGGUCGAUGUCUAUGAAUUUGGCGAGGAAACAUUUUUCACCUGAGCAAAUCACUACACUUUAUGAUUGAGGCAGCAUUGCAUUAGAAAGGAAUCGCCAUUUAUACUUUUGGCACAAUUUAUUCUUACAUUUAACAAAGCUCAUUGCUGCCCUUUACCAACCUGAAUGUCCAGGGUCCUUUUCAUGCUUAGGUCAUGUUUCUAUAGGCGAGCACUGGGGUGUUUAGGACCAUGUGGGGCAUGGAGGCAUCAAGUGUAUGUUCAAGUCAGGUUACAGGGGGUAGGGUUGGGGUGAGGUCAGUGCAGUAGAGUAGAGCACUGUUGAUCGGUGCUUUGUGUGUAUAUAGAACUGAUCCUGCCAAUCACAGGACUGGGCGGGUGUAGGUAUGAAAGAUGGCCUGGACAUGAAAGUGGCCCUUAAUCCAUUAACUGCAUAUUUGUUGCAUUGUCCCUGCAGACUAUGUUUUUGUUUGAUUUUUUUUUUUUUUUUUUUUUUUUU